AUGGUCGAAUUCUUCUCAUUGCCACUACGCCCUCCCACCGACAAAGAUGAACGCCCCGACACCCUCCCCGUCGAGAUCGCCCAGAUCAACAACCAAUGGGGUUCAUUCCGCGAGGUGAACGAGGACGUCCUCCGUGCUGGGAUUACCAAACAGAAGAAACCGGAUGCGACGCCAUUGGAGGAAGCCGAAGAGGAGCCCACAGAGCUUGAUGCCACAGAGCGUCGCGAGCAGCUGUACAAGCGUCGCCUCGAGAUCACCCAAUUCGCAGUAAAAGCACAUCAAGAGACCAUGCUCGCACUUGACUUCAUCUCCUUGCUCUUAUCGAAACACUCGCCGCGCCAAGCAGAGACCUCCAUGUCACCUCUACUAAAACAGCUUGCGCCUCUCGGUUCUCUCGGCUCGGAUCUCGUCAAUGCGCCACCAAGAACCGAGGCAACCCUCAAAGAUAUCGCAACCGUGUCCCGCGGAUGGCGCAUGCAGAGCUUCAAUGCCGUUUCAAAUAAGUUACUGAAUGCUGCCACGCGGCUUAACCGUGAAAUUGACUCGGAGACCAAGUACUGGAAUGAAGUGAUUGCCGUGAAGGAUAAAGGAUGGAAAGUUUGCAGACAUCCGCGAGUCAGGCAAGCAUUGGCUGUGCGAUACGGCUUUAUAGAAGCGACUCCGGCUUUUCGCGAUCGAGGGCUCGCAUCCCUUCAGCGAUCAAACGACGGGAGUCUUGUGCUGGAUCAAGGACUCAUGCCCACGAGUGCCCGCUACGUCCGCGUUCAAGUCAAACAAGGGCAGCAAAAGUGGGCGAGCUCCAAACCGACGGGAACGAUAGCCAAUGAAUCAGAUCCUAUCGAAGCUCGAAUUCUUCAGGCGCGAGACUCGGUCUUUGAGGAGGAGCUGUUUCAUGAACUGGUCCGAGAAGCAAGAGCGCUGGCAUCAUGUGGCGUCACUACCCGCGAGAAUUUGAUCAGCAUACCAGUCGCUGACGAGACGGAGAUCAUGCUGGAUCUUGUGGACGUAGACGGCCAUGAUUCUCACUCUCAAGAGGCAUUUUUGCGAGAGAAUGACUCGAUCGCGGACGGCUUUGCUCAUGGAAUUCGGGUCAUGCUGUGUUUCGCCCACCGGCAAAACCUGCGCCGCCGGACACAGAUUCCGCGUCCACUGACCACAGCAAGACCGCCGAUUCCCGAAUAUCACCUCCUUCGGCCCGCCCUGGCAUACCUUCAGCAUAUGACAUUGGUCCGGUCGCUAGAAGCCUACUUCUCUGACAUUUACACUGUGCUGCGCUCCGCUGGCUUGGAUCUGCCUCCGUGGAAUCUGCAGACGUGCGUGGGCUGGCCCGUAGGAUCCGUAGGCAACUCAACCCAAAGUCUUGAGGCGCUCGUUGGGAAGUUCCUGCGUCCAGUAGAAUCGGUGUUCAGCGGGGACCUGCUCACCCCGCAUGGUUCAUUUUCGGUCACCAUUCGGACCAACUUCUCAGCUGUGCCACUCGGAAGCAUAUAUGAAGUCUCCUUCCAGCUGCCAACAGUCUCGCAUCUCAAGACCCCGAAUCGCGUUGGCUUGAGAGAAGAAGCCGAAGCAGCCAUCACUCAUGUCCUGCUCCUGGAUGUGGUUUCCGCCAUCGCAUCAGGUCCGAUUUCUGCUGCUCCAGGGAAAACAGAGCAGCAGAACUGGGUCCCCAUUUACCCUCAUCUUGGCGAGCUCCUGCUACCUCACUCCCAUCCCGAAAGGCACAAAAAGAUGAAGGUCACUCUCACUCGACAUGACAUGGCUGUCACCACGUAUCUUGUCAAUAGCAUCGAUGGGGUCGGACGUGGUGUCCAGGAGCUGCGCAUGCAAGAUGCCGGAGCCCACGUCUGCAAGUUCCCUCGAUCUUCCUCGGAGUCAAGUUUAGAUCAGGGAUCGGAGGCUUUGAUGGACUUUGUUGCUGAGGAGGCCAGGCAGCAGUCGCGAAUGUGA